CUCUAAAAAAAUCACCAUUUGUCGCCAGACUGAAAAAUGGGACUACCUCACAUCUCCUCCGCCGGAUUCAUCCUCGCCGGAAUCUUGUUUUUGUAUGCCGUCUUUAAAAUUUCAAAAAAAAUUGUUGCUCAGCAGAAGAGACGACCACCAGAAGCCCACGGUUGUUGGCCGGUGAUCGGUCACCUCCAUCUGCUAAGUGCAACAGAGCCACUUCAUAUAACUUUAGCCAAAAUGGCAGACACUUGUGGCCCAAUCUUUACGUUGAGGUUGGGCAUGAAGAAGGCCUUGGUUGUAAGCAAUUGGAAAAUAGCGAGAGAGUGUUUUACUACGAACGAUAAAAUCUUUGCGUCUCGACCCAAAGUUACGGCCGGGAAACUACUCGGCUACGACUAUGCCCUGAUUGGGACAACCCUACACGGGCCACUCCGGACCCAUAUGCGGAAAAUAGCCAUGCACGAACUCCUCUCGAACCACCGCCUCGACCAACUCAAACACGUCAGAAUUUCCGAAGUCGAGAGCUCGAUGAAGGGACUAUAUGAGUUAUGGGUAAGACAACGACACAACGGAAUGAUCGGCGACAAAGUGUUGGUGGAGAUGAAGACAUUGUUUGAAGAAUUAAGUUUGAAUACCAUCUUUAGGAUGGUGAUUGGGGAGGGAUUUACAAGGGCUUUUGAAGGUGGUGAUGGGGAAAGGUAUAAGAAAGCAAUGAGGGAUUUUUUUGAUUUAUUUGGGGUGUUUGUUCCGGGAGAUUCAUUUCCAUUUCUACGGUGGUUGGACUUGGGAGGACAUGUAAGGGCUAUGAAGAAGACGGCUAAGAUCAUGGACGAGAUGCUUAAUAAAUGGCUCAAAGAGCAUCGAGAAAAGGGAAAUUUCAUUGACUUGGCCCGCGCCAAAGAGUUUGACUUCAUGGAUGUGAUGCUUUCUCUUGUUAAAGAUGAUGCAGAACUUUCUCGUUAUGAUGAUGAUGAUAGAGUCACUAAAGCUACUUGUUUGGGUAUGAUAUUAGGUGGAUUUGAUACUACAGCAAUAGCAAUGCAAUGGGCUCUUUCGUUACUUCUCAACAAUCCAGACACACUCAAGAAACUUCAAGUUGAAUUACACGAACAAGUUGGACAAGAAAGAAAAGUUGAAGAGUCAGAUGUGAAAAAUCUAUUAUAUCUCCAAGCUGUAGUGAAGGAAACAUUACGAUUAUAUCCUGCAGUACCGAUUGCACUCCCUCAUGAAUCUAUAGAAAACUGCAUAGUUGCUGACUACCACAUCUCUACACAAACACGUCUGUUAGUGAAUCGUCAAAAGCUUCAAAGAGACCCACUUGUUUGGAAAGAUCCCAAUGAAUUUCGGCCAGAAAGAUUUCUUAGUAGGGAAAAUCACUUUGAUGUUAGAGGACAAAAUCCCCAACUAGUACCAUUUGGAAGUGGUCGAAUGAUGUGUCCUGGAAUAUCUUUUGCCCUCCAAUUUGUGAGUCUCACACUUGCGAAUCUACUCCAUAUGUUUGAAGUUAGUAGGCCAUCAAAUGAAUUGAUCGAUAUGGAGAUGGGUGUUGGAACAACGUGUAUUAGAAAGAACUCUCUUGAAAUCGUUUUAAAUCCACGUCUCCCUGCUGAAGUUUAUGAAAACCUUUAUCAGAAAGUUGAUGACGGAAAAAAUGGAAGUUCUUGAUUGGUAGGAAUGGCUCUUUGGUUGGAAACUAUAUAGUUGUUUUCUUAUUAAAAAGAAAUUAAUCGCAAGACAUAUGAUUAAUUUUGUGUCUUGGGGACGUAAAAUAAAUUAUUGUGGAAGUUUUAAGCUUAUUGAUUGGUCUCAAAUGAUUAAAUUACAAAUCUAGUGAGAUAAAGUUUAAGUAUC